UAAUAUCAAUAUUGUCACAUGGAUUAGAAUUUAGCCUAUAAAUAACAUUAUGAAACUUUUUAUUUAUAAACAUAUACUACAUACAAGAUAGAGAGCAAAUAUUUCAAGAUUCAAAGGUAGUUCACCAUGUCAAAAAGAAGGUUGGAGGGUAAGGUCGCUAUAAUAACUGGGGCAGCUAGUGGAAUAGGAGCAGAGACAGUGAAGACAUUUGUGGAAAAUGGAGCAUUUGUAGUUAUAGCUGAUGUUAAUGAUGAAUUGGGUCAUCAAGUUGCAAAUUCAAUUGGUUUAGAAAAAGUGAGUUACCACCAUUGUGAUGUGAGAAAUGAGAAACAAGUUGAGGAAGUAGUUGCUUUCACAUUGGAGAAAUAUGGUAGCUUAGACAUCAUGUUCAGUAAUGUUGGGGUACCAGGUCCUUUGGCUAGCAUACUAGAAUUUGAUCUAAAUAAAUUUGACAACACCAUGGCCGUUAACGUUCGUGGAUCAGCUGCAACUAUCAAGCACGCUGCGCGUGCCAUGGUGGAAAGAAAAAUACGCGGAUCCAUAAUUUGCACCGCUAGUGUGGCUGGCUCUGUUGCUGGAUGUGCAGGACAUGAUUACACAGCAUCCAAACACGGUCUUAUAGGACUCGUUCGCUCAACGUGCAGUGAGCUUGGAGCUUAUGGAAUUAGAGUGAAUUCAAUUUCACCGUAUGCUGUUGCCACACCUCUUUCAUGUAGAGGACUGGACAUGGAGGUGAGUGAAGUUGAAGCUAUUGGGAAUGAUUUUGCAAAUUUGAAAGGAAUUACAUUGAAGACUACUCAUAUUGCAGAAACUGCUUUGUUUCUUGCUUCUGAUGAAUCAGCUUAUAUUAGUGGACACAACUUGGUGGUUGAUGGAGGAUUCUCAGUUAUUAAUCAGUGUCUUCCCAGUAUUAAAAAAUAAGCCAUUUCUUAUGGAAUUAUAUGUGUGACCAAAAUAAUAAAAGUGUCGAAUAUGUAUUUUUAUUCCUACAAGGCUACAACGGCAUAUCUAUUUUUUAUAUUAUUA